CUGGGGGAAGACAAAUUGUGAGGAACUCCUCACUUUCGGUCAACUUCAAUUUCCUUCUUGAUGCCAUGACAUCAGCCUUACUCAGGAAAUUCCGUUUUCCUCCCUGCACCCUCACCUCUGUCCCAGGCCCCAGGGUCCCUAUAAAGAGGGGUUCCCAGCUCAGAUCAGCACAACACUCAGCCAGCUUCUGAAGCUUCUGGGCUCUGCACUCUCAGCUCUGUAUAAACUUCCCCGACCCAGCAGCACCAUGAAGCUCUGCGUGUCUGUCCUCUCUCUCCUCCUGUUCGUGGCUGCCUUCUGUGACCCAGCGCUCUCAGCACCAAUGGGCUCUGACCCUCCCACUUCUUGCUGCUUUUCUUACACCUCUUGGAAGCUUCCUCGAAAGUUUGUGACAGAUUACUAUGAGACCAGCAGCCUUUGCUCCAAGCCAGCUGUGGUAUUCCUAACCAGAAAAGGCAAGCAGAUCUGUGCUGACCCCAGCGAGCCCUGGGUCAAUGAGUAUGUGGAUGACUUGGAGUUGAACUGAGCUGUAGGAGGAGCCUUCAGGGAGUGUCGCCUGAGCCCUGACCCUUCUCAAUCUGUCCCACUUAUUAAUUUAAACCUUUACAUAGACUCUGUUAUUUUUUUAGGUGUUAUUUCUAUUAUUUAUAUUUAGUUAAAAGACAUUUGUCUCCUAUGGGGAUGGUCCACCAUUACUGUUUCUCUGCUAUUGUGGAUAUGAUCUUGUAAUUGAU